GUGCUCCAAACAAGAACUGAUGAUGAGGCUACACUUGAAAGAAAGAGCAAAAAAUUAAGCCAUAGAUUUCAUUUUCUCUCUUUCCCUAUUCUGCAGUGCAAGGGAAAAAAAUAGGUAUAACCAUAACAUGAAAAGGAAGAGACAUCAGAGAAAUUUAUUAUUGGGAAGUUGUCCUAUUGCUAUGUCUCUAACUGAAAAAUACGACGUGUUUAUCAGUUUCAGAGGAGAGGAUACUCGUGACAACUUCCUGAGUCAUCUUAAAGCAGAAUUACGAAGAAAAAAUAUCAAUGCAUUCAUAGAUGACGAGAUGGACAAAGGCGAACAAAUUUCAUCGACACUGUACACAAAAAUAGAACAAUCGAUGACUUAUGUAAUCAUUUUAUCUGAGCACUAUGCUUCUUCAGCAUGGUGUUUGGAUGAACUCACAAAGAUACUUGAGUGCAAACAAACAUAUGGAAGGGAUGUGAUACCCGUGUUCUACAAGGUGGAUCCGUCAAAUGUUAGAAAGCAGAAAAAGACUUAUGCGAAAGCUUUCAUUAAGCAUCAACGGCAAAAUAGGGACAAAGUGGAGACGUGGAAGGCUGCUCUUACUCAAGUAGCUGAACUUUCAGGGUGGGAUUCAAAAGAAAUCAGUUCAGAACAUAAUCUCGUUACAGACAUUGUGGAAGAAAUUUUGAGGAAAAAAAUGAAUUGUCAUUGUUUAGUAAGCGAUUGUGAAGGAAUGAUCGGAAUGGACAAUCAUAUUGAACAAAUCACAUCAUUGCUGCACCUUGAAUCAGAGGCUACUCGGAUCAUAGGAAUUUGGGGUAUGUCAGGAAUAGGAAAAACAGCAAUUUCCCAAGCAAUAUAUCACAGACUCGCACCUCAAUUCAAUUCCAGCAGCAUGAUUUUAGAUGUUGAAGAAGAAACAAAAAGAUUUGGACUGCCCAAUAUAGAAAUUCAAUACAUGUCAGAGCUUCUAGAGGAAGACAGACUUACCUCUAGACUGCGGUGCUCGUAUGUUCAAAGGCUGAAACAAACAAAGGUUCUCCUUGUUCUUGAUGAUGUGAACACUUCAAAUUUAAAUAUAGAGCCUUCUAACUUCGGCCAUGGUAGUAGAAUCAUUUUGACUAGUAGAGACAUGAAAGUGCUUCGGAAUGCUAAUGCAGAUGAGAUAUACAUAGUCAAGGAGAUGUGUUUUCAAGAUUCACUACGGCUCUUCAGCUUAAAUGCAUUUAAACAAAAAUAUCCCCUAAAUAAUGCUUAUGAGGACUUGUCAAAAAAGCUGGUAUCAAACUAUGCUAAAGGGGUUCCACUAGCUCUAAAGGAGUUAGGCUCAUCGCUUUAUGGUGAAACAAUGGAUGCAUGGAAAAGUCAGUUGCAAAAGUUGGAAGAAUUUCCUAAUAAGAAUAUUUUUGACAGAUUUAAAUCAAGUUAUUAUGAUGGGCUUGAUCCCCUAGAGAAGGACAUUUUUCUAGAUAUAGCUUGCUUCUAUACAGGACAAUUGGUAUAUGAUGUAGCACAUACACUACAUAGUUGUGGUUUCUAUCCUGUCACUGGACUGAAUGUUCUUAUAGAUAGGGGCAUUAUAUCUAUUUCAGAAGAUAGAAUUGUGAUGCAUUAUCUAAUACAAAAAAUGGGACAAGAAAUUGUUCGUCGGCAGUCUGGAAAUGAUCCUGGAAAUCGGACUCGAUUAUGGAAUCCUGAAGAUAUUUAUCAUGUUUUAAUAAACAAGGGGUCAAAUGCAAUCCGGUGUAUAUUCCUGGACAUUUGCAAAAUAUAUAAGGUUCAACUACAAGCUGACACUUUCCAAAUGAUGAAUAAUCUUAGAAUACUUCAGUUUUAUAAGCAUUUUGGGCAAGGCAACUCGAAUGUGAUCUUGCGAGAAGCUAUUGAAAACCUUUCUCGUACAUUAACAUUUCUUUGUUGGGAUGGCUUUCCUCAAAAAUAUCUGCCACCGGAGUUUUGUCCAAAACACCUCGUCAUAAUUUAUAUGCGUGAAAGCGAUCUUGAGAAACUUUGGGAGGGAGAUGAUCAGGAUUUACCAAAUUUGAAAAGACUUGAUCUUAGUCGUUCUAAGAAGCUUAUUAAAGUGCCAGACCUAUCGCUAUCUCCAAAUAUUGAAGAAGUAAUUCUUAGUGGUUGUGAAAGCUUGACUGAAGUUUCCUCCUCGAGUUUCCUCAGCAAGCUUAACUGUUUGUGUUUAAAUGGUUGUGUUCAGCUUAAGAGUUUGCAUCUUCCAAGGAAUGUUCUGUCGCGAAAUCUUGGAUUAGUUGUUCUUUAUGAUUGUGCCAAGCUUGAACUAUCUUCAAUCAGCUCUAGAACUCAUGUUUUUUUCCACGGGGGCUGUACUCAUCUUGUUCGCGUUGAAAAUUUAUAUUUUCUAUUCUAAUAUAUGAGCUUGUAUUUAGUAACAAUUUAUA